AAUUAGUUAUAUUUAUAUAUCACACAGUCAAAAGUAUUUAUUCCAGGAGCUGUAUUUUGACUUUAAUGUACCUUUUAUUAUUUAUUUAUUUAUUUAUUUAUUUAUUUAUUUAUUUAUUUAUUUUUGUGGUGCAACAUAAAAUCCAAUCGAAAAACAUGAUUAAUUUUACCAAAUCAGCUUGACUUUACAUCAACAAACAGAAUUGUAAUGGGCUAGAUCAAGACAAAAUGAAAGACAAUUUCUCUCAGGUUUGCAUAUAAUAAGCACAAUUCUAAAUAGGGUUUGAACUUGGACAGCUGUGCUGAAUUAAUGUUCAAUAUUUAUAAUGUGGAAACAAUCUAAUCCUACUCAAAUAUUUGUUGCUGUUUCACAUACUGUCCUUAAAACACAACCGAACUCUUUACUUAAGUAACUAAGUAGACCUACUUCAAGGUAAUGCCAAAAUAUUUUGUAGGCAACUUUUUUUGAGAGAUACAAAAUAUAAAAUUUAAACCGUGAAUUGUAAAGGAAAAAAGACUAGUAAAAACUAUCAAAUUAACUGUAAAUGAAUUCAAGCUAUUUUUAGCUGUGAAUAUAUGACUGAGAUUUCUCGGCAAACAGCGACACCUGCAGGUUCACUUUAAACCUGCGCGUCAACUACGGAACUGCUGGAGUGGGUUCGGUUCCUCCGGAAUCAUUUCACAGACGAACUGCAGUGAUGUCGUGGUGUAACGUUUCUUUAUGGUCGUGUUUAACCCGUUGAAAGGACUUAAAAAUAUAUGCAUAAUGUUACAUCGAGUUUGACAUAUGCAUGUCAUCUAAUGAGUCCCGAUGGUGAAAAGACAGCAAAGGAGAGUCUUGCGCUAUGUGGAGGAGGGCAGUCUGAUGAAGUUGAAGUCGUUCCUUCGUAAACACAAGGAUCUGGAGCUGAACUUCGCGCAGGGGAAGAAGCACAGAAGUCCUCUACACAUUGUCUGUUCUCAUGGGGAUGAUACAGUUCUCAGACUGCUGCUGAAACAUGGAGCAGAUGCCAUUCAAACCGACAGAAAUGGAGAAACAACGCUACAUCUGGCCGCAAAAAGAGCCCUCAAACAUGGCAAAAGAGCUUAUGAUGACCUGGUGGUGCCAUUACGAAAAAGCUGUCCAGAAGCUAUGGGUAUCUCUAAUAAAGCAGGAGUGACUCUUCAUGACCUGCUCCACUGGAUGAAGCCAGAGCAGGGGAACAUCAGGAAUGAAUCCUCGCACAUUGAUCCAGAGAAACAGUGGAGAGAGAAGCUGUUAGGUGAAUGUCAGGAGGAGUUUUUUGAGACAUCGGAUUUCGGACAGUAUGAGGAUGAAUUUGUGUGGGAUGAUAAAGAUGACGAAGACUUCAGAGACUGGGCAGAUCGGAUCAGACAGGAGUAUUUUACCAAGCAGUGGGCCAACUGGGAGGAGGAGACGAGACAGGGGAGGAAGAGGCGCUAUGAGGAGCGCUGUGCUGCCACGUUUCACAGCUCUUCCAGCAAAGCUCCUGAAGGACUGCUGGGAUACGAUGACAUCCCAUGGCCUGCUUCCCGCGGCUCGCUGGAGGAAAUGGUGGGCGUUAUGUUGCACGGUGCCGAUUGAUCUGAUUCGAUUGUUUUCCGGAAGCUGCUCUGGCACCCAGACAAGUUUUUCCAGCGCUGUGGAGGCCGUCUGCUGGAGUCUGAUAGACAGAGGAUCCUGGACACCAUCACUGGCCUCUCACAGGAGCUCAACAGACUCGCACAAAACCUCCGAUGACAUAGACUUCACUGAUCUGAGCUUCAGAUAGCUACUAUUUUCUGUCAAACCCUUUGGUUAACUUACCAAUAAGUAAUAAAGAUAUAAGUUUUCAUGU